CUCCUGAUCCUCUUUUCCUGCAUAUACCCAUUUUUCAAUGGCUUCUUCAAAGCUCCUAAGCCAACCGCGGUGUCAUCGUCUCCUUCGAACAAGCCUUUUCAAUGGCAAGCUCCUUUCUGAUUUGCCUUCUCAACACCCUGUUUCGGUUCCUGAACCCAAAUCUAAUAACAAGUUCAAAAAUGAUUCUUCAACUCCUUCUUCAUUGAAGGAAGCUGAACCCGCCAAGUUCGCUGCCAUUGCCGAUACCUGGUGGGAUUCUGAAGGACCAUUUAUACCAUUGCAUAAGAUGAACCCUACCAGGCUUGCUUUCAUCCGCUCUACUCUUUGUCGGCAUUGCCACUUGUGUUUCUAAUAGACUGAAUCUUACACUAGUUGAACUUGUUCUGUAAACCAUGUUUUGGAAUACUGAUAUCCUAGUUUUUAAUGUUUUGGGGGAAUUUCACUUUGAUCCCUAAUUGAGUUUGUUUAUGCUGUUUGUUGUCGUAGAAAGGAUCCUCUCUCUGCUAGGCCUUUUGAAGGAUUAAGGGUUAUCGACGUCGGUUGCGGUGGUGGUAUUCUUUCAGAGCCAUUGGCUCGAAUGGGAGCAAUUGUCACUGGAAUCGAUGCAAUAGAGAAAAACAUCAAGAUUGCCCGUAUUCAUGCCAAUUUGGACCUAACGACUUCAAAUAUCGAAUACUGUUGUACAACAGCAGAAAAGCUGGUUGACGAACGAAGAAAGUUCGAUGCAGUGAUUGCUUUAGAGGUGAUUGAGCACGUGGCAGAUCCUGCUGAAUUCUGCAAAUCUCUCUCAGCUUUAACUGCUCAUGAAGGAGCUACCGUGGUUUCAACAAUUAACCGCUCUAUGAGAUCAUAUGCAACUGCCAUCAUUGCUGCAGAGUACCUGCUACGUGGCUUCCUAAAGGCACGCAUCAAUGGUCAAGUUUCCUCACCCCAGAAGAACUCACCAUGAUUUUAAGGCGUGCUUCGAUCGACGUAAGAGAGAUGGCCGGAUUUGCGUUCAACCCGAUAACAGGGAGAUGGUCUCUAUCAGAUGACCUUAGUGUAAAUUUUAUAGCGUUUGGUACUAAAGAAACUAAUGAAGAAAAGGGUUGUUAUGGUGUGAGACAAAUUACAUUAGAUUUUGCUUGGGGAUAAAACAAAUUUUCUAAUAUUUAAUUAUCAGUUGUAUCUAUGAAC